CCUCUCCUGAGUGCUAAGGGCUUCAUGCCCCCUGGGGAUGAUGGAGGUGGUGGGGGAUUUUGAAUACAGCAAGAAGGACCUGAUAGGGCACGGAGCCUUUGCUGUGGUCUUCAAAGGUCGCCACCGCAAGAAAACUGAUUGGGAAGUGGCUAUUAAAAGCAUUAACAAAAAGAACUUGUCGAAGUCUCAGCUCCUGCUUGGGAAAGAGAUAAAAAUUUUAAAGGAACUUCAACAUGAGAACAUCGUAGCUCUCUAUGAUGUCCAGGAGAUGCCCAACUCUGUCUUCCUGGUAAUGGAGUAUUGCAAUGGUGGAGACUUGGCAGAUUACUUACAAGCCAAGGGAACCCUGAGCGAGGACACCAUCCGGGUGUUCCUCCAGCAGAUCGCUGCCGCCAUGCGCAUCCUCCACAGCAAAGGGAUCAUUCACAGGGACCUCAAGCCGCAAAAUAUCCUGCUGUCCUACACUAACCGCAGGAAGUCGAGCAUCAGCAGCAUCCGUGUCAAGAUAGCUGACUUCGGGUUUGCUCGUUAUCUCCAGAGCAAUAUGAUGGCUGCCACCCUUUGUGGAUCUCCUAUGUAUAUGGCUCCAGAAGUGAUUAUGUCCCAGCACUAUGAUGCUAAAGCCGACCUGUGGAGUAUAGGAACAGUGAUCUAUCAGUGCCUGGUUGGGAAGCCACCUUUUCAGGCCAACAGCCCUCAAGAUCUAAGAAUGUUUUAUGAAAAGAACAGGAAUCUGAUUCCUAGUAUUCCCAGGGAGACGUCAGCUUACUUGGCUGACCUGUUGCUGAGCUUGCUUCAGAGAAACCAGAAAGACAGAAUGGACUUCGAUGCCUUCUUCGGCCACCCCUUCCUCGAUCAGGUUUCAACUGUCAAAAAAUCUUGCCCUGUGCCAGUGCCGACGUACACCGGCUCUGUUUCCGGUAGUUCCUGCAGUAGUUCUCCCUCGUGCCGUUUUGCUUCGCCCCCAUCUCUCCCAGAUAUGCAGCACAUCCAGGAAGACAACCUUUCUUCGCCUCCCUUGGGGCCUCCAAACUACCUUCAGGUCUCCAAAGAUUCUGCCAGUACUAGUAGCAAGAACUCCUCUUGUGACACAGACGACUUUGUCCUGGUCCCGCACAACAUCACCUCCGACCAAUCAUAUGAUAUGCCUCUGGCAGCUGUCGGCAGACGGGCCUCAAGUGAAUUCUUGAUGUGUGGAGGGCAGUGCCAGCCUUCGGUCUCCCCCCGCAGCGAAACAGCACCCAUCCCGGUCCCCACUCAGCUGCGCAACUACCAGCGCAUCGAGCAGAACUUGACCUCCGCCGCCAGCCCCGUCUCAAAUCCUCACGGGUCGCCAAGAUCUGCUGUGGUCCGGCGGUCGAAUACCAGCCCCAUGGGCUUCUUGAAGACAGGCUCUUCUUCCCCAGUGCCGGCAGAUGCUGUGCAAGGUGUGGGGCGCAGGCUGUCCACGGGCUCCUCGAGGCCGUAUUCUCCUUCACCACUAGUUGGCACCAUCCCUGAGCAACUUGGACACUGCUGUUGUGGGCAGCUGCAAGGGCAUGAAGCCAGGAGCCGGAACUCCUCAGGCUCCCCGGCUCCCCAGUCUCAGUCUCCACAGUCCCUCCUGCUCGGAGCCCGGCUACAGAGUGUGCCGACCCUGACCGACAUCUACCAAAACAAACAGAAGCUUCGGAAGCAGCACUCGGACCCCGUUUGCCCGUCGUAUGCCGGCUAUGGCCAUUCUCCGCAGCCUGCCAGGCCCGUCAGCCUGGGGACGUCGCCCACCAAGCACAUGGGCUCCUCCCCCAGGAGCUCUGAUUGGCUCUUCAAAACUCCCCUGCCGACCAUCAUAGGCUCUCCCACAAAGGCAUCUGCUCCUUUCAAGAUCCCGAAAACCCAAGCAUCCUCCAACUUAGUGGGACUGGUCAGCCGCCAGGGGUCCGCAGCAGACGCCCCAUUGCAGCAGUUGAAAGACGUGAGCGAGAUGAGGGACUUCUCACAUUUCCACUUGACCCAGGGAAGUGAGAGACAAGCGGCAGAACAGCACGGCAAGGCUCUCUUUGGCAGGUCUGUAAGUACGGGCAAGCUGUCAGAUCAGCAAGCAAAGGCUGUUCUCGGCGGCCAGCUCUACCAGGGUAGCACAGACAGCCUUAAUACCGAACGGCCAAUGGAUACAGCUCCUCCAGGGGCCUGUGGCCUCGUAACGGUGACUCCUUCCAUGGGAGCUGGUACAUGUUCGAGAGCUGUGAUGUUCACUGUGGGAUCCCCUCCGAACAGUUCCACCCCUCCAACCUGCACCCACAUGGUCCUCAGAGCCAGGACGACAUCAGUUGGCUCCAGCAGUUCUGGAGGGUCUCUCUGCUCAACCAGCGGCCGUGUCCACAUGGGCUCUCCACCUGGGGUCUAUUUGGGCGCAUCUCCUCCUGGACCAGAGGCGGCACCAUGCCUGAAGUACAUGGCUUAUGGCACUUCACCACCCAGCUUGGAGGGGUUUAUCACUUUCGAAGCCCCUGAACUGCCGGAAGAAACUUUGAUGGAGCGAGAGCACACCGACACCCUGCGCCACCUGAACUUGAUGCUGGCCUUCAUCGAGUGCGUGCUGGACCUGACAGCCAUCCGGGGUGGGAACCCAGAUCUGUGCUCCUCAGCGGUCUCUCUGUAUCAGAUCCAGGAGAGCGUGGUCGUUGAUCAAAUCAGCCAGCUGAGCAAGGACUGGGGGCAAGUCGAACAGCUGGUGCUGUACAUGAAAGCAGCGCAGUUACUGGCCUCCUCCUUGCACCUGGCGAAAGCUCAGAUCAAAUCGGCAAAACUGAAUUUGUCUAGUGCUGUGAAGCAAGUGGUCAGAAACCUGAACGAAAGGUACAAAUUCUGCAUCGCCAUGUGCAAGAAGCUGACGGAAAAGCUGAACCGGUUCUUUUCGGACAAGCAGCGGUUUGUCGACGAAAUCAACAGUGUCACGGCGGAGAAGCUCAUCUACAGUUGCGCUGUGGAGAUGGUACAGGACGCAGCCCUGGAUGAGAUGUUUCAGCAGACAGAAGAUAUUGCAUACCGAUACCAGAAAGCAGCCCUGCUGCUUGAAGGCCUAGCAAAGAUUUUGCAAGACCCGGCCGAUAUAGAAAACAUCAAUAAAUAUAAGUCUAGUAUUGAGCGGAGGCUCUCUGCUCUUUGCUGCAGCGCAGUGGCCGUAUACGAACAGUAGGCGCAUCAUCCAAGACCACUCGGGGAUGUCCUGCCUCAGCAAAAUGGUCAGCCUUGGUUCUACUUAAAUGUUUUUCAUUUCUGUGGUUGACUACCAAAGAAAAAUGCAGUUAAUUCCGAGAAGGGGAGAAAUUCAAAACAACUGCGUAGGAGACUCGUCUUAUGACUGAUCUGGCCCUCUCUCCCUUCUCUUUUGCCGAGCAGCCAGAUUUUAAAAGACUC